GUAGUGAGGUUCUCCUGUGUGAAACGUGAAAUACAUGAAUAAUCUAUUAUCAAAAGUCGUUGUCUGUGAUUAAAUAACAUUUUAUAAGUUUUUAAGUGGGUUAUAUGCCAACUGUGACGGAUAAUAUUGGAAAGAAAGUUUAUCAAAACUCAAUGGCGUCGGAUCAAGACUCCUGUUCUGAUGAAGAGCCAGAUAGUGAGAUGCUGAGCGAUGACAUCUGUCUUCAAGACAGCGAUGAUGACAGACAAACUUCGAGAAGUGUUCAGAGUUUGCCAGAAGAUCUCCCAACAUUAAAUUCCUGCAUUGUCCGACCACCUCGUAAGCUCUUCACCAAUUGUCGAGAGCGCUGGCGACAGCAGAACGUCAGCGGUGCUUUCGCUGAGCUUAGAAGGCUGGUGCCUACACAUCCGCCGGAUAAAAAGCUGUCGAAAAAUGAGAUCUUAAGAAUGGCAAUAAGAUAUAUAGGUCUUCUGAGUGAAGUACUUGAAUGGCAAAAGAACCACGGGCUGGUGAUAAAUAAAGAGAACUCCGGACUAGCCAUCAAAUGUGAAUCUCCUUUAAGUCCAACAUCGAGACGUCUCCGUCUCAAAAGACCGUACACGGACGAAGACAAACGACCAUAUGAAACAGAUUACAUAAGGUUUGGUAACGAAGAAAACGAAGAAGUAUACCGAAGAAACUUCCAUAGAAGUACACCAAAUAAUAAGACUGAUUUUUUCUUUGGAAAAGACCAUUUGAAGACAUUGCGUAAUCAGUAUUACUUUCCUUCAAGAUGGCGACAAAUUCCUCUUAGAAAUUUAGCAGGAGAGCGCAAUGGGAAUAACUUGCUGAUGAUUGCUCCAGCAAAGGGCGACGAUAAAGAUGGAUCAUGUAAAGAUAAAGAUGAUGCCAAAGAUAAGUAAAAUAUUCUUGUAGUAAUAAAACCAAGUCAUACAGAAUAAUAUCGAAAGCAGCUAAAAGACCAAAGACAGCUCGUCAUAUCACAACCAGUUUCAUUGUUCUAAGCAUAUGUGUGACUGUGAAUUUUAUGUACAAAAUGGUACGGUUGACAGAAAACAUUAAUAACUGAAGAUCGUAGGUUCAAUUUGCAUAAGAAUAAUUGAGUUUUUACCAUAUGCUUAUACUAGGAAUUACGUAUAUUGAAGGAAAUUAUUGCG